CACUAGUAGUUACAAAAGGUCAGAAGAUUUAUCCUCUAAACAAAAGUAACCUUUUACAAUUUGAAAGUUGUCGCUCAGAAGGGAUUUUUCCCUGUUUACUAGAUUGAAGCUAGUUGGGAUACAGGGGUCGGGGGCAAUCCAAGGAUCUUCAUGGAGCCCAGGAACUUAAUUGCAGGGUUACUUGCGUGUAUGGCAGUCGUGAUUACACUCCUUGUUGCACCACAUUUACCUUAUGGAAAUUGGAGAGUGAUACAGAGUGCAGAAUUAGUCAUAACAAAUGCUGUCAUUUAUACCAGUGAUCCAUCGUUACCGUGGGCAGAAUGUAUGGCUGUUCGUAGUGGCCGUAUUCUUGAGGUUGGGAACCUGCGUUCCGUUGAGGGGCUAAUUGGACGACAAACUCGCAUUGUGGAUCUCAAGGGGAAAGUUGUGGUUCCUGGUUUUAUUGAUUCCCAUGUGCAUUUUAUAUCUGGUGGUCUCCAGAUGGCACGAGUGGAUCUUCAUGCAGUGAAAAGCAAAUCUGAAUUUAUAAGUAAAGUUGAGCAUGCUGUGCACGAUAUGGAGAAUAAGCAAUGGGUGCUUGGUGGUGGUUGGAACAAUGACUAUUGGGGUGGAGAAUUGCCAGAAGCUUCUUGGAUUGACAAUAUUACCCAUGAUUGUCCUGUAUGGUUAACUCGUAUGGAUGGUCAUAUGGGGCUGGCAAAUUCAUUCACACUAAAUAAAGUAGGAAUACAUAAUUUAACAGACGAUCCUGUUGGUGGCACCAUUAUCAAAAACAUAAAUGGAGCUCCCACUGGAUUGCUGGUAGAUGCCGCUAUGCAGUUGCUCCUGCCUCACAUUCCUAAGGUUACAAUUCAAGAAAGACGAGAUGCUCUGAUAAGGGCUAGUAAGCUUGGAUUGUCAAGGGGGGUGACCGCAGUGGUUGACUUUGGGAGAUAUUUCCCUGGAACAUCAACAAGUGAUGUCUGGCAAGAUUUCUUUGAGGUGUAUAAGUGGGCGGAUGAAACUAGUCAUAUGCUUCUUAGAGUCUGUCUGUUUUUUCCUCUGGAAACUUGGUCCCUUGUAGUGAAUACUUUCAAAGGCACCAGCCGAACUUUGAGUCAAUGGCUUCACAUUGGAGGUGUAAAAGCAUUUACUGAUGGAUCAUUGGGAUCAAAUAGUGCACUAUUUUAUGAGGCUUAUGCAGAUGAUGAAAGUAAUCAUGGGCUUCAUGUGGUUAAUCCAGAUUGGCUUUUGACCACGGUUCUUGAAGCUGACAAGUUUGGGAUCCAAGUGGCAAUACAUGCAAUUGGUGAUAAAGCAAAUGAUAUUGCACUUUCAAUCAAUGAAGCAUUGAUUUCUAAAAAUGGGAUGAAAGAUAGAAGAUUUAGGAUUGAACAUGCUCAACAUUUGUCACCUGGAGCGGCUGAUCGUUUUGGGGCAAAUCAUGUGAUUGGUUCAGUCCAGCCAGAGCACCUCCUGGAUGAUGCAGCCUCUGCUAUAAAGAAACUUGGAGAAGGGCGAGCUGUACAAGAGUCCUAUCUGUUCAAUUCACUCCUCUCAAGCAAUGCUCGAUUGGCAUUUGGUUCAGAUUGGCCGGUUGUAGAACUAAACCCUUUAGGAGGAAUAAAAGCAGCCAUUGAAAGAACACCACAUGAUUGGCAGUCACCUUGGAAUCCAUCUGAAAGCAUCACGGUAGAUGCUGCAUUAGACGGGUAUACAAUUUCAGCUGCCUUUGCUGCUUUUAUGGAAUAUGAAAUUGGGUCACUCUCUAUUGGAAAAUGGGCAGAUUUUGUUAUUCUAUCUAAGAAUCCGUGGAAUGCCACAGCCCCAGAAGACUUCCCUUCUGUUCAAGCAACUUAUAUUGGAGGCAUCCAAGUUUAUCCUUGAAAAAUUGAGGGUAGUCAUGAAACUUUAUGUAAUGCGAUGAAAGGAUUACUAUUUGCAUAGAAAAUGAUUCAGACAUUUUUUUUCACUUUUUGAAAUAUUAUUGUUGGACAAAUGGUGCACAUACCAAUAAUAGACUAACUUCUCACAACAAUCGCUUAUUUUAUUUUCUGCACAUUCUUAUGGUUAUUAAUACAAAAGGUUUUUAUACAACAAACAUUAUGAUGAUUAUCUUAAUGUUCAACCA